AUGGUCUUGGUGUUAUUUCUGGUUGCCUCUGUGUUAACUUUAGUUUCAUAUCUCACACUGAAAUAUGUACACGGUGUUCAGGAUGCUCCAUAUAUGGAUGAAAUAUUUCAUAUUCCGCAAGCACAGCAGUACUGCUCGUACAAUUUUUCUUCAUGGGAUCCAAUGAUCACCACAUUGCCAGGGCUCUAUGUGUUCUCCGUGAUUCAGCUGCUGCCUGUGGCAAGUUUCCGAGGUGCUAGAUUGGCUGAACUUUGCACAACAUUUAAUCUCCGAGCCAGUAAUGUGACAUACUGCAUUGGCAAUUUUAUCUUGCUGUUUGUACUGACCAGACAGUUAACGGGAAAUGCCAAGAGAACCCAUCUUCUGCAAGUUCUAAAUGCCGCUGUCCUGACACUGUUUCCGGUUCUGUACUUCUUCACUUGGCUCUACUACACGGAUCCUGGUGCCACAUUUUUCGUUCUGCUGAUGUAUGCUCUUUGUCUCCGUGGAUACCAUAAAUCCGCAGCAAUGGCAGGAGCUGCAGCAGUUCUCUUCAGACAAACCAAUAUCAUUUGGGUCUUGUUCUGCACUGGCGUAGUUGCAAUUGAGGUCAUCAACGAGCGGCUGAGACUUGACAAAAAAUGGCAUGGCAACCCAAACAAUAUGUCUGACAAGGAUUUUGUAGAAAUUCUGUUUCAGACAACAUUUUCCAGCUGUGCUAGAUUUUUUAGUUUAGUUAAACAAAUUUUGAUUCAGACAUUUUGUUAUUUAUGUAUAAUUGUAGGUUUCAUUGUCUUUCUUGUUGUUAACAAAGGUAUUGUUGUUGGAGAUAGGUCACAUCAUACGGCAUCAUAUAACUUUCCUCAGGUUUUCUAUUUUUUAGCUGUGUCUGCAGGUUUUUCUUUCAUGCAUUUAAGCCAACCCUCACAAGUCAUUGCUUUUGUGAAAUCUGCUGUUAAAAACCCAAUAAAGAUAUUGUUGUUUGCUGUUUUGGCCGGACUGCUAAUUAAAUUAUUCACUUGCGAACACAAAUAUCUGCUGAGUGAUAACAGGCACUACACAUUUUAUGUUUGGUCUAAAAUAUUUAAAAGGCACCAGCUGGCAAGAUAUGCCCUCAUCCCUGUAUACUUUUUCAGUUUAUAUCAGUUUUAUAAUUUGACUUCUCACAGAGGAUUUCUCUGGCGAGUAGUUUUCUCAGUUUGUACUAUUGCCUGUUUGGUCCCACAAGCUCUUUUGGAAUUUCGAUAUUACAUUGUUCCAUUUUAUAUUUUACGACUCAAUAUGAAACUCCCGACUGCAAAAAUGCUGAUAGCAGAAUUGUUUUUAUAUGUGUUCAUUAAUUCAUUCACAGUAUAUAUGUUUACUCAGAAACCUUUUGUAUGGCCUGAGGACCCAUCCCCUCAGAGAUUUAUGUGGUAA